GUCCAACCCAACCCAAAACUUCAUCAUGGGCAACAUCAGCAGCAGAAACAACGUUAACAGCGGGCGGAGCCUCGGCAGCCGGCGGAGCCACCCUCCACCUCCACCGCCAGCACCCCCACAGCCUGAAAUCACGGCCAACCGUUACGUUUUCGCCGCGGCAACACCUUACCCUUCGCAAUACCCAAACCCUAAUCCUCCACAAUACUACCAGCACCCUGGCUACUUUCCAUCCCAGCCAACAGCGAUGCCUGUGCCUUUGCCAGCCCCGUAUGAUCAUCACCACCGGGUGGACCAUCCGGCGGCUCAUUGGGUGGGUGGGAGGUGCCCAAUGAUGCCCCAACCGGCGCCUUCUGUGGAGCACCAGAAGGCGGUUGUAAGGAAUGAUGUUAAUUUGAAGAAGGAGAGUUUGAGGAUUGAACCGGACGAGGAGAAUCCAGGGAGCUAUCUUGUUACAUUCACGUUUGAUGCUACUGUUGCUGGAAGCAUCACUAUUAUUUUCCUUGCAAAAGAAGGCGAGGAUUGUAUCCUGACACCAACGAAGGCAGACCUCCUUCCACCAGUAACAGUUAAUUUCCAACAAGGUCUGGGGCAGAAGUUCAGACAGCCUUCUGGGACAGGGAUUGAUUUCACCUUGUUUGAGGAGAAAGAGUUGGUAAAAGUGGGUGAGAUGGAUGCGUAUCCUCUAGCUGUAAAAGCAGAGGCAUCCCCUGCUAAUCAAAAUGGAACAGAAGGAAACAAAAUGUCUGGAGCUGAGAACUCUCAGAUAACACAUGCAGUGUUUGAGAAGGAGAAAGGUGAGUACCAAGUAAAGGUGAUGAAGCAGAUCCUCUGGGUGAAUGGGAUGAGAUUUGAGCUUCAGGAGAUAUACGUGAUUGGAAAUUCUGUUGAUGGUGAUGUGGAUGCAAAUGACCCAGGUAAGGAAUGUGUCAUUUGCCUGUCAGAACCACUGGACACUCUCGUUCUUCCUUGCCGACACAUGUGUAUGUGCAGUGGAUGUGCAAAGGUUUUGAGGUUCUCAACGAACAGAUGCCCCAUCUGCAGGCAACCAGUUGACAGGCUUGUAGAGAUAAAGGUCAACAAUGGGCCUGAUGAAUGACUAAACAGGUGGAUAGUCGUUUGCUGGUCUUAUUUCCCUUUCAAAUCCCCUGCUUCUGUAAUAAUCAAACAGGAAAAUAUGUAAGUGGCAGGGUUAAAAUACUGGCAUUGUGCCAAAUAUGCAAGCCAACGCCAUCAGCCAGCAUUUGCAAGCCCUUGGUGGCAAUUUCUUUGUACUAUUAAGAAUUCGAAAUAUAGAAUAUGUUUGGUUUGGAA